AUGUCACGCAACAGGUUUGAACUGUUACAAGCAUUUCUGCAUUUUAACAAUAUUGAAAACCAAAUUGCCAGGGGUGAAGAAGGUUACAAUCCUUUAUUCAAGAUUCAACCUUUGUUGGACAUAGUCAACCCAACUUAUGAAAAGUGGUAUCAGCCAGCACGUGACCUUUCCUUGGAUGAAAGUAUGGUCAAAUUCAAGGGGAGACUAUUUUUUCAGCAGUACCUUCCAGCCAAGCCCACAAGGUGGGGGAUCAAGCAGUUUGUGCUUGCUGAGGCAAAAACUGGCUAUUGCCUGAGGUCCAUUGUCUACACUGGCAAAGCAUCAUUUCCUCGAUAUAAAGGGGUCAGCCUUUCGGAACAGGUUGUUUUGUCAUUAGUGCAAGGAUACGAGGACAAGGGCCACAUUGUUUACAUGGACAAUUAUUAUUCUGCUCCAUCUCUAUUCAAGAAAUUGGAGCAAGAGAACAUUGGUGCCUGUGGAACUGUGAAAGUAAAUCGGAAACAAAUGCCAAAAGAGCUCUUGCCAUCAAGAUUGUCUCUAAAAAAGGGAGAACCGCCUGUUUUUAUGCGUUCAGAUAAUCUUUUUGCCUGUGCAUGGCAAGACACAAAACGUGUUACCUUUUUGAGUACUGUUGAGAAUAAUUUGACAGUAGACAAGGCUGUUAGAAGUAAGAAUGGGGAAGGGGUUAUAGGGAAGUUGAAAAGCCAGUAA